AUGGCUAACAAUUCCUCUGCUCCUUCUCCUCCUCUUGUCAGCAAUAAUAUCGUCAAAGACAUUACCUCAAGACUUCCCAUCAAAUCCAUUAAACGAUUUCAAUCCGUUUCCAAAGCCUGGUACUUCCUUUUCAAUUCCAAUGACUUCAUUUCCACCCAUUUCCGUCGCUCUUCCAGCCACCCGUCUCUUCUGAUUCGCCGCUUCCACAAUCCAACUGGGUCUAAGUUUUCUCUUUGCUUGAUGGAUAAUCAAACCGCAAUCAAUCGCGAGGUUAGGAUUCCGUUUCUAGGUUGUUUGGUUCGGUAUCCUAGGAUUGUUGAGUCUUGCAAUGGUAUUAUUUGUAUCGAUAUCUCCCCUUGUCAUGCCUGCGGUUUUGUGUUGUGGAAUAUUUCGACUAGGCAAUUCAGAGGUCUUCCUCGUGCAAGAAUCAAUGACGCCCAUAAACCAAUUUGGAUGGUGGCUACUGGAUUUGGGUAUAGUCGCGAAACCAAUGAUUUUAAACUGGUAAGAGCUGUGAAUUUCCAUUGUAACGUAGAUGAAUCGCCUCUUUUGAGCGCCGAAGUGUACUCGUGGAGAACUGGUUCGUGGAAGCUAUUGGAUGAAAGAAUGAUCGAGGAAAGAAUUGGUUCGUGUGUGAUUCCUGGGGGCCAGCAGGCUGUGACUGUGGAUGGGUCUAUGCACUGGGUAGCUAAUGGGGUUGGGAACUUGGCUAAUCGAAAGUAUAUCGUCUCGUUCGACAUGGGUAAUGAAGAAUUCAGGAGAAUACAAAUACUAGACCGUCUUCCCAGUGCAAUUUGUGCUAAAGUUGUAGGAUUCAAAGAAUCACUUGCUGUGGCAUUGUAUCCAGCUAAGUCUGUUUAUCCUGGAUAUGGAACACCACUCAAUCGAAUGGAGUUGUGGACAUUGGAUAAAGAUUAUACUUCUUAUAAUGAUAGCACCUGCUGGACUAAACUCCAUAUGAUAGAAUUGCAUUCUUCUGGACUUAGCAUCCCGAUUGGAGUUCACAAUGAUUCUCAACUGCUAGUCAAACGCGUGGAUCCACAAUGUGUUAGUCUAUCUUUGUUUGAUCCCGAUAACAAGACUAUCAAGACCUUACCCAUUUGCAGUUCUGAUUAUACCUGUGAGUUCUAUAGUUAUGUGGAGAGCUUAGUUCCAGUAGCAAAUGCAGGGGACGUGGAAGUAGAAAAUGCUCAGGAGUAG